UGACUGACAGUCAGUUGUAUCGAAUGUUAGACACUUUCUGAUAGUAAUUCCUCAACGGAGAAUACAAGUAAAGGUUGCUCAUCUUGUCUGCCUAUCGAAUCUACAUUUUGUUGGACGUUAUCUGUCGAAUAAAUUUGCCAAAUGUCUAACGUUUCUGGAUUUGGAGUAACUCGUUCAUUGAUUCAUACAUUCGAUCCGAAUGGAAAGCGUUACAGGCCAACAAUCAGUCCUACACCAGGAUUUUCAGCUUCUGCUGAUGCUGAAAGACUUCAUAGAGCUAUGAAAGGUUCAGGCACAGAUGAAGCUUCAAUCAUCAAUAUACUGGCGCGUAGAACAAAUUAUGAACGCCAGGAAAUAUGUCAUUCAUAUCAAAGCAUGUAUAAAAAGGAUCUUAAAGAUGAAUUGAAAUCAGAGACUAGUGGAGAUUUUCGUAAAGUAUUGUGUCAAUUAGUUAUGGAUACACCAUAUAUGUUGGCUAAAUCACUAUAUUAUGCAAUGAAAGGUUUAGGGACAAAUGAUCGUGUCCUUAUAGAAAUAUUAACCACAUUAUGGAAUGAUGAAAUUAGAGCUGUAGCUGAAGCCUAUAAACAUGUUCUUAAAGAUAAAGGAAUUGAAGCAAAUGAACGCUCAUUAGUUACUGAUAUGAAGAAAGAAACAGAUGGAGAUUAUGAAUAUGCUUUGCUUAGCUUAGUUCAAGCUGAAAGAGAUGAUGUUCAAUUACUACAACUGAAGGCUAUACCAGAUAAAGGUGUUGAAUCUAUACGAAAUAAAGAGCUGGCAGAAGUUGAUGCUAAGGAUUUACAUGCUUCUGGAGCUGGUCGAAUAGGUACAAGUGAAAAACGUAUCACACGAAUUAUCUGUAAUAGAACACCGUUUCAGUUAUAUUUAACUUCUGAAGUUUAUGCAAAGAUGUAUGGUAAGACACUCUUGGAGCAUAUUGAAUCUGAAACAUCUGGAGAUUAUCGUAAACUACUGGUAUCUGUUUUGCGAUAUGCAAUUGAUCGACCUGGUCUAAUUGCUAACUGGCUUCAUGACGCAAUGGCUGGUCUGGGGACAAAAGAUUAUGCUUUAAUGCGAUUAUUGAUCACACGAUCUGAGAAGAGGAAAACUCUGGAAAUAUCCCAUUAACAAGAGUUGAGAUCAGUUGGAAAACUAUCUGAUAGAAGCUGAAGACAACAGACAAAUGUUGACUCCCUACAUGGUACACACUUCUUGAUGGACUAGUUCCUGAGAUAAACAAGGAGACCAGUUAAGUGUGGUAUUGUAGAGACUUUAUAAAUAGUAGUACGUGCAUAAAGUCUUAUAUAAUUGGUCUUGGUCUUGCCUUUCUGAAGACCCACACAAAGACAGCUUCGAGUGAAAAGGAUGCUGGUCAUCUGAUAAAACAACUCCUACAACAUGUUUGCAUCAGUGAAGAUAUGUAUCCACAACAGUUUCAAUUAGAAUGAUUCAAUGUAUACCAACUAGUUCUACUGACAAUCUUCAAACUUCUACGCUAUAUAUAGAGUAGUCUUUUUUCAGCAAAUCCAUGAAAGAGUAAAGGGGAACAACAAAGGAGAAUAAGCAACAUGCAGGAGUUUAUAAAACACAACAGAAGAGGCUGAGAUACUGUUACAAUGAAAACAUUAUUGGAUUCCAACUGCAAUCAGUGUUUGCGUAUCAAGGUGGACAGCAUUAUGAUAAACAAAUGACCUAAACGGAAAUCAUUUUAAGUCAUCAGUCGCUAAGAUAGAAGUUUUGAGGUUCAAUUUUGUUUCAUACCAUUGUGUGGUCAGGAAUAAUCUUAUUGGACAACUUUGUCCUACAAGUGACCAAUCAGAACAAUUCAUCUAACUUAUGACCUAGUGAUUUUAUAUGCUCACGAAAACUGUAUAUAAAUAAUGUAUUUUUGUCGAAUAAAAGUUUCUUCCUUACAGUUACAGGUCCGUCUUUAUCUUCGGAUAUUUUCGUGGAUUAGUGAAGUAUUACGUACUGAGGGAGAAUAGUUGCCAUUCGUAACCAGUCUAAGUGUUUCAUUGAAUUAGUAUCAUUCGCCUAUUUCUUACAAUUAACUCGGUUCUGAACAUACUUUAUGCAAAGAAGGUUAUCAUAAUGCAUAAUAAACCAGCACACAUUUUGUUUGGAUGCAGGAGAUUUGCAUAAAACAUCUUGGACACAAUAUUGGUAAGACUAAUUCCCUCCAUGAUUGUCACAGGAAGACCUCUCUCUUCAUAUACACUGGGAUGAUCGUUGAAGCAGAUCAGUCUGACAGCACUACCUGUGACUUCCAUACAUUACCUAAUGCCUCCUACUUCCAGACUUGAAAACUCAGGCUGGCAAACUGUUAGCUGGAUGUUUGGCAACUCAAGCGUUGCUGAGCAACAGUUGAACUGUGCUUCAAAGUGUCCUGUCCAACUUCUAGCCACCUGUCCUGGGAGGUUAUUAGCAUCACAUUCUUCCCGGCGACGGUCUCCUUAACCAUCGUCUUCUUCUUGCUGGUAUCCUUAAUAGGUCUAAAUAGUUGCCAAGUAUUACCCGAUACUCAUGCCUUCUUCAUCUUUUUCGCUUUCGUCACCCACCAAUGCUCACGGUCGACAUGAAGACUCUUGGUCGACUUACAUGUAAGUUGCUUUCACUCUUCAUCAUGGUCAGACCCAGUCAGAAUCAGUCUUCUCGCAUCAAUCUGUUACACUGAAGCUGUGGAAACCCAGUGAUGUUUGCUAACCUUUGAGUGUAGUUUACCAAUCGUCUUGACUGCUGUUUCUACAAUGGACCUAAUAUCGCGCUAGGUUUCCUCAGGAUAAGCAUUGCAGUCAUGUUCAG